GCGCAUGUGUGCUACUCCAGUCCGUGAGGACAACAGGUGUACCUCACCGCUCUGCUGGAUGAUGCCUGCAGAGCGUCUGCAUUCGCUCUGCUCAGGGCUCUCCAGGCUACACUCGCAGGUUUUUAUGUCUUGAUUUUCUUUAUUUUUCCAGCCACAAAGAUGCCUUUUCCGCCGAUCAGCCUCCAACAGCGGAUCUCCUCUCCUGGCAGGGAACUAUUUGGAAAAAAGAAGGCCAACGCAGACCACACUCAGACUGAUCAAACCGGCAAAUCGGCAUCCGAAAAGGAAAAACAGUCCCGUUCUUGGGCAUCAGCAAACCUGAGGAAUCUGGGGCGAAGAUCGCAGCCGGAGAAGAAUAAAAGCCAAGCUCAGAAACCCAGCUCUGGGCAAGAGACUCAGGGAAAAGGCUCCUGGCUGUCGGUGCCCAAACCACAGGAUUCAUCCUUGGGAAUAAGGCGCUCCAGCUCCAUGGACUCCUCCAAACAUCUCAGUGGGAAAGAGGAAACAAAGAAGGAGAUCCAGUUCACUCUCAGUCUGACUCCUGAAGCCAUUCUAGUUAUUAAAAAGCGGAACCUGGAAAAACAGAUGAUGGCUAAACAGCAGAAGUGCUGCGGCUCCGCAGACUUUCGGCACCGGCGAGUUUUUCCGUCCAAAAAGGCGCACGGAGCGUCCAAGAGCUGCGCUCCGGGCGCCAAGACGGAAAGCGCUGAGCAGGACAUCACCGCUAUUGUUAAAAUUUCUCUGCUGAACGACCAGUAUAAGUACGACGAUGUGGAGUACGAGGACGAGGACGGAGAUGUGGAUGAGACUGUUGUGAGGAAAUGUAAAGAGUGGCUGAAAGGAGUGGAGAAUGCAGCAGCUUUGGGAAAAGCAGACAAACUUUCAGCACUUUCGCACCUUAAAGGCUGCUGACACCUGACUUAAAAUCUUUAUCUUUAUUAUUUUAUGUUGGGAAAAAGACAUGAUGGACUAGUGUUACUUGUUGUAUCUACUCUACAAGAUUCCAAGCAAGUAAAGGAGAUCUACUCCAAAAGAAUGUCGGUUUAUGCCAAGAUUUAAAUUGAUGUCACUAAGUUUAAAAUGGCAGAAGGGGAAGAAUAUGUUUGAAUGAUAAAAAAAACAUUUAAUAAUACAAGCCAGGUAUAUGGAAGUCGUGUUCCUUUUUAUCAUCUUUGAUCAAGUUCUGAUUUGUUUUUUCCAAAAAUGAUCCCAUUUUAUUACUGUUCUGUUCAGUUUCUUUUUGCACACGGAUUUGUUUCCAGUAAGGCCCCCAUAAAUUGGCUGAGGGGUCAGUGGAGGUACCCAAAGCGCUCCUUUGGUGCUAGAGAACAAUAAACUGUUGGAUAACAUCAGCACUUCAUGCACCGACUGCUGAAACCCAGCAUGGAUUCCUUGUAGGGUUGAUUUCAGGUAAAGUGGGACAGGAUAGGUAAAAAAAACAUGUCAUCCUUGCCUUAAAAUGUAUGUGGCAUAGCUAAGGCUGCUAACAGUGACUUUGAAAUGUAUAACCAAAGUCAUGAUAUAAUAGAAGUGACAUCACAUUCAAAGGUAUAGGCUAAGAUUUGAAUGACUACUACACAUAAAUUAUUAAAAACGUGUAUAACAUGAAAUAAGACCUGAAAUAAAGCUAUAAUUGACACAUUUCUGAAAUAAUUUUUGACAAAUUAUUUAUAUACAUUAAAUGACACCAGAUGCUGUUUGGCAGUUCAAUAAAAGCAAUUUUAGUGUGA